AACACAUCAUACUAUCUCUCAAUGCGGCUUUCUCUUAUCACAUUUGCAUUCUUGCGGCUUUCUCUUAUCACAUUUGCAUUCUUCUUUACUCUCCUAACCUCCACCAAUGCCAUCACUAAUAAAAACCAAUUCAAUAAAAAUGUGAUCAAUGACUUCAUAUCUAUUCAAAACCAAGCCCGAGCCGCGCUGCAUAUGCCACCGCUCGUUUGGGACACACGACUAGCGCGUUACGCGGACUUGUAUGCUAGGGAAAGGAGACAAGAUUGCUUGUUAAAACAUUCAAAUGGGCCUUAUGGGGAAAAUAUCUUUUGGGGUAGUGGUAAUGGGUGGAACCCCACUCAGGCGGCAGCGGCAUGGGUUGCAGAGCGGCGGUGGUACACCUACGGGUCGAAUUCGUGCAAUGGGCAAGAGUGUGGGCAUUAUACACAAAUUAUUUGGAAGGAAAGUAGGAGAGUUGGGUGUGCAAGGGUGACUUGUUUUCAAGGUAGAGGUGUUUUUAUGAUUUGUAAUUAUGAUCCUCCUGGGAAUUAUGUUGGUGAGAAACCUUACUAAUUUUGUUGUGUGACUAUUAAUGAGUGAUCAUUUCAUGAUCAUAUGGUUUUAUACACACAUGUAUAUUUAUGUGUGUUUUUCCCCUGUAUUAAUUAAUUUAUUUUUUUGAAUAUUCUUACAAAUUUGUGCCUAUUUUAUUAUAUAUUGAUCUUUUUUGUCA